AUGUCCUCUUUCAAACGGCGAGACGAGAAGCACGCGAGGCGCAUAAGGGGAACGAAGGUAUCGCCAGCGAGCGGAUUGGCGCACGUAAGCAGUGGGAGUGCGGCCCUAGACGAUGUGUACACAGGCAGCGCAGGCGGGCGAGGUGGAUUAGGGCUGAGUGACCACUCGCUCACGCUGGUUGUGGAAACGGACCCACACGCCGCAUACGCCGAUAUUCUACUUCGGUACUAUCUAGCACAGGGCAUCGCAGCCCAACACGCCGUCCUCUCCGUCGGGCUCGCUGCGAACAGUGCCAUGUGGUUGCCGCUGAGUGAGCAGGGCGGCAAGGAGCAGCAGCAAGAGCAGGAAAAUGAUUCGGAUAAGGAGGACACUCACACUCCCAAGCACACCCAAGGCCGCGGAGACAGCACCAUCGCUUGGCGAUACACGCACAUGAAGCGCUUCGAAACUUCAAUCAACACGCCUAGCAAUAGUAACGGCAGCGACGAAAGCUCGUUCCUCAGUACUUUCGACCUCACACAGACAAUCCCCGCACACACUCUCGCCCACGCACGCGAGCGCGGGUUGCUGGAGGAGGUGGGAGUGGAUGUGGACGAUGAUGUUGGUGGGAGUGGGAGUGAGGGCGAGGCGAGUUCUUACACAGCCAUCCUCGCACGCAUAGAAGCAGCCUGCAAGCGCCAUGCAGGUACGCAAGCGCAAGCAGACGCAAACGGACACACACACGCGCCCAACAUGUUGCGCAUCGUAGUGCGCAACGUCGGCAGUCUGUGGUACGGUGACAGCGACGGCGACGGAGUGCUGUAUCGGUUCUUCUACAAGCUGCGCCACCUCGCACGCACGACGCCCUACACGACCAUCUACACGUCCGCGCACAUGCAGACUUUGCAGGGGGUGGGUGGGGUGUUACCUCAGCUGCUGCAUGUCGUAGAUGGCUGUGUAGCUUUGGAGAGUUUCAGCGAUGCGCCACAUCGCGCACGCGCUUUCGCACCUAGUCAUGGUCUCCUUCAUUGCCUCGCCCGCCCUGCUGUGCACGCUCUGACGGCACCUAGUGACCGCCAUAGCGUUUUGCGGGGUGGACUCGUGGCCGGUGAUAAUAACCUAGCUUUUAAGUUGCGUAGAAGGCGCCUUGUCAUUGAGACUCUUCAUCUCGAUGUUGAGGGUGGCGUCGGCGAGAGACGUACCACUCCAAGCAAAUCCGCUGCUGGUGUGCAGGAUACUAGUGAGAGAGUUAAACGGGCUAAUGAGCAGGAGAUGGAGGAGCAGCAGGAGCAGCUGCAUGAGCACGAGCACUUGGAACAUAUUCAUAGCAGUGAGUGCACUCAUGAUGACGGUAGUGUGCAAAUAGAGGGCGGUGCUCAAGCACACACACAGAAUACACACAACACACAGAACACACAGAACACUCCCAAAGUCACCUUUCCUCCCUCUAAAGCCCCCUCUAAAGGCCCCAGGAGAGUCGCAUUCCAGUCAGAUAAACCAGAAUUGUACGAGUUUUAA